AUCGUAUGCUCCUGUUUGACUGGGAAGAAGUUUCCAAAAUGAAAGCUUUAUCAAAAAUUUAUUGUUGAGUAUAUGUUUUGCUGUCCUCGCUUUCAUAUGGAGUGGGCCCAGGUUUGAUGCAGAGACACUGAGAGGUGCAAAGGUAUUGGUGACUGGAGCCAGUACAGGCAUUGGUGAACAAAUGGCAUAUCAUUAUGCCCGCUUUGGAGCCCAGGUGGUUAUCACAGCAAGAAGGGAGAAAGUGUUACAGCAGGUGGCAGAGAAGUGCCUGCAGUUGGGAGCCCAGAAAGCACUGUAUAUAGCUGCGGACAUGGCCAGUGAGUCUGACCCCGAGAAAGUGGUAGACUUUGCUCUGGAGAAGCUUGGAGGAUUGGAUUAUUUGGUUCUCAAUCACAUUGGUCCAAGCCCCUUCAGCAUGUGGGAAGGAGACGUGGACCACACCAAGUGGUUGAUGAAGGUAAAUUUCUUCAGCUACGUUCAGAUGGCUUGGAAGGCUUUGGCUUCUCUUGAGGAUAGUAAAGGGUCACUGGUGGUGGUUUCAUCCCUUUUGGGUAAAAUGCCAAGUCCUUUUGUGGCUCCUUAUACUUCAACAAAGUUUGCCUUGAAUGGUUUUUUUGGGGCCCUCAACCAUGAGCUGGCUAUGAAGAGGAGCAACGUGUCCAUCUCAAUAUGCACGCUGGGUCUCAUCGACACUGAAACUGCAAUGGAAAAAGUCAAGGGAGUUACUAAUGUACCGGCUUACCCUGCCUAGACCGCUGCACUGAACAUCAUCAAGACAGGAGCUACGAGACAACCGGAGCUUUUCUACACCUUUGGUUCACACAUGUUGUGACACUUACGAAAGAUUGGUUUCCAUCGUCACAAAUUAUGUAAUCCAAAUUCCUACAGCUAUGAUCAAUGAGAGACAUUUUUCUACACAUCAUUGGUCAUCUGUUGUUAGGUGCCAAAUGGUAAAUAUUCAAAUGUUACAUGUUCUGAGUUUACAUACCUAAUUUAAACACAAUGAUGCACUGUACACACUAAUUGAACAUAAUUAUCCUGUUGGUGGUCUUGUCUAUGAUUAGUAUUUUGCCCUUGUUAUUCUGUACAGCAUUCACAUUUCAGGACUCACAACAUUUCAACUCAUCUCCGAAUGAUCAAUUUACAGUUAUAUAAUGUGCAUAUUAGGAGAGAAAAGCUCAUGAUUUGAGUUGCUUCACUUAGAAUAUCUCAAAAAAUAUUAUUUCAUGUCUGCAGAAUACAGACAC